AUGGCAACAGGGGUACUAUGCGACAAGAAAGUCCCUGUUCGACUGAAAUCGAAGAUCUACAGGACGGUUGUGCGUCCUGUUGCCCUUUACGGAUGCGAGUGCUGGCCAACGACGAAAGCCUUGGAAAGAGUGCUGCACGCUCUGGAGAUGCGGAUGUUGAGGUGGACGAUAGGCGUAACGCUAAAAGAGAAAGUAUCCAACGACACUGUACGUUCCAUUUUCGGCGUCGCCCCGGUAACUGAGAAGAUAAAGGAGGCGCGAGUGAGAUGGUUUGGUCACGUCUUGCGACGGGAGGAAAAUUCUGUUGCCAAAACCGCUCUGAAGCUCGAAGUUUCAGGAGUGAGGCCGCGUGGGAGGUCAAAGAUUCGCUGGUUAGACCGUGUGAAGCUGGAUAUGAUAGAUGCACGUUUGUGUACGGCUGAUGCAAUGGAUAGAACCAAAUGGAAGACAAGAAGCAGAAAAGCGGACCCUGCAACAACGCGGGACAAACGCUAG